CCCCACAAAACCCAAAACCCUACUUCUUCAAACCCCUGCUAUCUCUCUGCCCUUCAUUUUCCCUUAAGACUGAAAAGCACACACCCAACUGAACUGAGUUCUACCCAUCCUUCCCUGGCGCUUCUGUUGAUCAGUCUUCCUGAUAUUUGUGAUGAAUUGAUUCUCGAAAGUAUCGCAACAAGUGGCACCAUGUCAGUGUCUGAUCAAGGGGUGGAGAGUGGGAUUAAUUCUGCCGGAAUUCAUGGCUCCCGGAGCAGUGCUCGUUGCAGGAAGAGGAAGAGCAAGGGUCAGCAGCAGAUGGUUUUUAUGAAUGAAAAUGACUACAGGAUGCGGCUUCAGGAGGUUUUGUACACCCAGGAGUACAUUUUCACCAAGAUUUUCCGCAAGAACGGUCCCCCUCUCGGAGACCAGUUUGAUUCUCUUCCGUCGAAUGCUUUCCUCUGCGGUUCCCAAAAGCAUCAUCAUGAUAAUGGAUCACAUGCUCAUAAAAGAAGAAAGGUGCAGGCUUCUGUGCAUACCAUCUUAGAUUAUGAAACUUGUUGUGAGAACAGUUCACCUACAUUGAGGCACGGAAUCGGGAAAGGCCCAAUGACUUCAAAGGAUUUUCCAUUUAGGAAACAUGGCAUGGGCAAAGGUUUGAUAACUCAGGAGGGUGCUACUCGGAAAAAGCAUGGUGUUGGGAAAGGUUUGAUGAUGGCUUGGCCGGAUGCAAAUCAUCAUGAGACAGAGCUUCCAUUUGAUGGUAAUGUUAGCAAGAAUGCUGUUCAAAAGAAGAAGAAAAGAGUACCGCCUAAAGAAUCCAUUACGAGAAAAUUGGCAAACAGAGAACAACAAGCUAAAAGGAAUGCUUCCCUGAGACGUAAAAAAGUGGAAUGCCAGAAAGCUCAAAAGUGGAAGCAACCUCGUAAAGGAAAAUGUGAGCUUGCCCUUGACAAUGCAAAAUGUCUGGAAUACACACAGCCCUCAACUCUAGUAGAUGAUGAGGAACUCGAGCUCAGAGAAUUACAAGAAGAUUAUAAUCUGACAUCUUCUUGUUCUCAUUUUCCAACCAAUGGUUCUCCUGGAUGUUCCCUGUGCAAAGAUUUGCUUGCCAAGUUCCCUCCGCAUUCAGUCACAAUGAGGAUGCCUUUGUCAGGACAACCUUGGGCUUCCUCACCAGUACUAGUCAGCAAACUUUUUAAGGCAUACCAUUUUUUGUGUACAUAUGCUGUUACCAUCAGUAUGCGUUCUUUCACCUUGGAUGAGUUUGCACAAGCAUUUCAUGAUAAGGACUCAUUGUUGCUUGGACAAGUGCACUUGGCUCUUCUCAAGCUACUUUUGUCAGAUAUAGGCAAGGAACUAAGUAGAAGUCUUCUCUCUCGCGCAAGCAAAAACUGCAAAUUUUUGCAUUUGCUUUCUUCGCUUGAGCAUCGUCAAUCUGUAUUUGAGUUCUGGCACAAGUCUCUGAAUCUCAUGACAUGGACCGAAAUACUGUGUCAGAUAUUUGUUACAGCCGGUUUUGGUUCUAAGAUUGGUACGGGUCAGAAAGCAGCUUGCAAGAAGGAGGUCAAUCUCAUGGAGAAGUAUGACUUAAGUCCCUGUACGCUGAAGGGAGAACUUUUUAGUAUUUUAUUAACAGCUGGAAAUAGUGGGAUGAAGGUUUCUGAAUUGGCUAGAUCUUCAUCAAUUGUGCAGUUGAAUCUAACGGAUACACUCCCCGACCUGGAGAAUUUGAUUGCAUCUUGUCUCGCCGGUGACAUAACAUUGUUUGAAAAGAUUUCCUCAUCUGGAUAUCGAUUGCGGAUCCAAGCUGCUGAAAAUGACUCUGACAGAUGUGAAUCUGAUUCUGAAGAUUUUGGGAGCAUAGAUGAGAUAUCUGAAAUCACUGGUGGAGAUGAUACCAAUGACUCUGAGCAUGAAUCCAGGGCUCCCAGUCCUUCAAGAAUUGAUGCUGCUAAUUCUAACACAGAUAUACUGAGUGUAUACAAUGAAAUUGACGAGAGCCUUCCAGGGGAAGUAUGGUUGUUAGCACUGACAGAGGGUGAAUAUGCCAAUUUAAGCAUUGAAGAGAAGCUCAAUGCAUUAAAUUCAUUAAUUGAUCUGCUUACUGCUGGAUCCAGUUUCCGAGUUGAGGGGAUAACAUCAAGUCUGGAAUGUCAUCCCAACAAUUAUUAUGGCUCUGGUGCAAAAAUAAAGAGAUCAACAGGCAAACAGAGUGGUCCACUUGUCUUGCUAAAGAGCAGUAGUGGGCAAACUUUGAACAGGCUUGAUGGAAAUAUGCCAGAUGAACCAGUUGAUACUUUGGUUCCCCUGUCAAGGAUUAGCAAGGAAGAGGAGUAUGCCAGCAUGAAAAAGAUAGAAGAACAAAUGGAAGGAGAGGAGUGCUUACAUCCAAUGCAAUCUGUUUAUCUAGGCUCUGAUCGUAGGUUCAAUAGAUACUGGUUGUUUUUGGGUCCUUGUGAUGAAGGUGAUCCUGGACACAGGAGAAUCUACUUUGAGUCUUCUGAUGAUGGCCACUGGGAAAUGAUUGAUACUAAAGAGGCUUUGUAUUCAUUGUUGUCAGUUCUGGACAGCAGGGGUGUUCGGGAGGCUCGUCUUCUUGCAUCCUUAGAGCAGAGGGAAGCAAUUCUGAGCCAUUCGAUCUCCAAUAUGAAAAAUGACAACGGAACUAGGCUGCCUUGCCAUACAGAUCAAUCUGAAUCAAAUACUUCAAUAGAAUUUAGCUCGUCGCCUGUUUCAGAUAUAGACAACCAUCUAAGCAUGAAUGGGAGGCAAAAUGAAAUUCCCUCUUCUUCUGGUUCAGCAGCUGUUGAAGUGAGUGUAAAAGGGGAUCAGCUGGCUGGAAAAUCUCGUGAUUCCAAGGCUUUUGAUUCAUGGAUAUGGAAAUCAUUUUACUCUGAACUCAAUGCUGUAAAAAAUGGAAAUAAGGCCCAUCUUAAUUCACUAAGAAGAUGCAACCAAUGUCAGGACCUCUAUUGGAGAGAUGAAAAGCACUGUAGAAUCUGCCAUACAACAUUUGAGCUUGAUUUUGGUUUGGAAGAAAAGUAUGCUGUUCAUACUGCAGUUUGCCAAGCUAGCCAUGGUGUUAAUGGUCGCCAAUGGAAAAGAGUGUUAUCUUCUAAAUUGCAGGCACUAAAGGCUGCUAUCUACGCAAUAGAGUCUGUCGUCCCUGAAGAUGCUUUGGUGGGCUCUUGGAAAAGAUCUGCACAUAAUCUAUGGGUCAACAGGAUACGACGAGCCUCCAAUUUGAGAGAGUUUCUACAGGUCCUAGCUGAUUUCGUUACUGCAAUCAAUGAAGAAUGGUUUUACCAGAAUAGUGUUCCAUCUUCAUAUUUUGCCACGGAAGAAAUAUUUUCAAAUUUGUCAACCAUGCCGCAAUCAUAUUCUGCAGCUGCACUUUGGUUGGUAAAAUUUGAUUUAUUGAUUGCCUCCUGUGGGAAGAAAUAAUUCUCAGAACAAAUCUGAAGUUGCCAGCAGACUUCAAGUUCAAUGAAACACACAAAAUGGUGGGUUCUUUAGCCGGAAGGAACAAGUCAUGCGUGCCCACAGGACGAGGGCAUCGACUUUUUAAAGGGGCUUUGACUUGACGAAGGUAGAAUACUCAUUCAAAAAGCAUUCUUUUUAGCUCAUAGGGAAACUGGCCUAUCUUAUCCUCCCUUGUUAUUAUGUGUUAUUUACAAACAAAAUCACUUUUGAUGGAUUCAUUGUAGUUUGCAGAAUUCAGAGAAUUCCUUCCCCUUUUAGGUCAAUUUUUUUGGUUGUCUUUCACAAGCAUAGAUAGCAUCGCCACUGGAAUGAAUUAAACAUUAAAGACAAUUGUGUAAAUAAAUAAAGCCUGAAACUUUUG